AGAAGAAGACCAGAAAUGAAAAUUUCCAGAUUCCCGUUUUGUUAUAUAAUUGCACAAAUUGUUGACCUUCGAUCUGAUUUUGAUUGGCAUUGUGAUAAUUUUGUGGGAAAUUUUUGCAUUUGUUCUUGGUUUAGUUGAUUAAUGGUUCUUGUUGGGAAUCUUUGUAUAAUUUUAUGAUUCUCUAGCUUCUAAUGAUUGGAUCUAGGCUGGUGAUACAAGAUGGCAGAUGGCGAGGAUAUUCAGCCACUUGUCUGCGAUAAUGGAACUGGAAUGGUUAAGGCUGGAUUUGCUGGUGAUGAUGCUCCAAGGGCCGUGUUUCCUAGCAUCGUCGGUCGUCCACGUCACACUGGUGUGAUGGUUGGCAUGGGUCAAAAAGAUGCAUAUGUUGGGGAUGAGGCUCAGUCCAAGCGUGGUAUUCUGACUCUUAAGUACCCAAUUGAACAUGGUAUUGUUAGCAACUGGGACGAUAUGGAAAAGAUCUGGCAUCAUACCUUCUACAACGAACUCCGUGUGGCACCAGAAGAACACCCUGUUCUUCUCACUGAGGCACCUCUCAACCCAAAAGCCAAUCGCGAGAAAAUGACCCAAAUCAUGUUUGAGACCUUCAAUACUCCUGCAAUGUAUGUUGCUAUCCAGGCUGUUCUUUCCCUCUAUGCAAGUGGUCGUACAACUGGUAUUGUUCUGGACUCUGGAGAUGGUGUGAGCCACACUGUCCCCAUUUAUGAAGGAUAUGCCCUCCCACAUGCCAUCCUCCGUCUUGACCUAGCAGGUCGUGACCUUACUGAUGCCCUUAUGAAAAUCUUGACUGAGCGUGGUUAUUCAUUCACCACUACAGCUGAGCGUGAAAUUGUGAGGGACAUGAAAGAGAAGUUGGCAUAUAUUGCACUUGACUAUGAGCAAGAGCUCGAAACUGCCAAAACUAGUUCUUCCAUUGAGAAGAGCUAUGAGUUGCCUGAUGGUCAGGUGAUCACCAUUGGUGCUGAGCGUUUCCGAUGCCCAGAAGUCCUUUUCCAGCCUUCCAUGAUCGGAAUGGAAGCUGCUGGCAUUCACGAAACCACAUACAACUCUAUCAUGAAGUGUGAUGUCGAUAUCAGGAAGGAUUUGUAUGGAAAUAUUGUUCUGAGUGGUGGAACUACCAUGUUCCCAGGAAUUGCUGACAGAAUGAGCAAGGAAAUCACUGCCUUGGCCCCAAGCAGCAUGAAAAUUAAGGUGGUGGCUCCACCUGAAAGGAAAUACAGUGUUUGGAUUGGAGGUUCCAUCUUGGCAUCUCUCAGUACUUUCCAGCAGAUGUGGAUUGCCAAGGCAGAGUAUGAUGAAUCUGGCCCAUCUAUCGUUCACAGGAAGUGCUUCUAAUUCAUCAGAAUGGAGGAGGAGGCGUAAAAGCAAUGUCCUGUUUUUUGCCAAAACAAUUUCAGCUCGCAAGUUUUUGAUCUAUUCUGUUUCUCUUAAAAAGUUUUUCCAUUUUUAAGUUUUUGCAGUUUCUCUUCUUUUCUUAAUGUUCAUAUUGUCGUGACAAUGAACUAAGAGACGGUGCAGACGAUGAUAGAGUUCAAAUUCAUUCAUUUAUAUUUGUGAUUUAUGGUCAAUUCUCUAGCUUUUUCCA